GUAACACAGCACCGCCACCGCUGUGACUGAACGGCUGACGAGAGGGAGAGAGGAGAGGGGAAGAAGAAGAGAGCCAGAGAGCGGCAAGAGCGGGGAGAAACGGCCCGGGGGACUGGGGGGUGACUGCCGCAGACGUAGGGGGGUGGAGGAGAAGAAAGUCGGAUGAAUCAAUGACCUUUUGAGCGCUCUGCCUCUGGAUGUCCCGCUGCCGAACCGGACCGGAGAGAUCCUGAUCGGGUGUGUUUUAAAGGGGAGGGGAGGAAAAAAAAAAAAAGAAAAAAAAAAUCUGAACUGUGCGUUUGAGAUCCAUUGACUGGAAUUUGGUUGACGGCAAGUGUGGACAGCCGACAAGCCGAGGAGGAAGUGGGAACCCCGGGCUUUGGACAGGGCCUGAUUUGUAAAAAAAAAAAAAAAAAAAAAGGCUGGUAGUGGUUCUGCUCCUCAUCAAGUCCAGCUGAACUGAGCCUGACUGGAUCUUUUUUUUUUUUUUUUUUUCUUUCAGAAGGAGACUUUGAGUUGAGUGGAUUUUGACGGAAGUCUGGAAACAAGGGGAUGUAAUUUUUUCUUCUUACAUCGGAGGGCAGUGGAUCAUGAAAAUACAUCCCCACCCAAUUCAGCGAGGGCUACAACACACACACACACUCCUCCAAGGCCAAAAGCCGCUCAGGUCAGAUCAUCUAGAGAGAAUUUGUACUGGUUCUGGUCCAACACCUGCACAAACUUGAAAGUCACUGCCUUUUUUUUCUAUCAUUAUUUGAAUAUUGACACCUGUGUCAGCCCACAGCUGCUAUCACGUGGAGGACAGUGAACGCCUCAGCUGUAUUGAAACCAGCUCCUUCCUUUCUCACAUUAGAGAAGCCUUUUGUUUUUGUUUUUUUUUUCCCCCCCUUCGCACAAAGUAUUUAUGCUCAGCGAACAAGAUGGGCAAAGUGUUCGCAAAGAUCUUUGGCAACAAGGAGAUGAGAAUAUUGAUGCUUGGACUUGAUGCCGCCGGUAAGACUACCAUCUUGUACAAGCUGAAGCUGGGACAGUCGGUCACCACCAUCCCCACGGUCGGGUUCAACGUGGAGACCGUCACCUAUAAGAAUGUGAAGUUCAACGUGUGGGACGUCGGGGGCCAGGACAAGAUCCGGCCCCUCUGGAGACAUUACUACACCGGCACCCAGGGCCUCAUUUUCGUGGUGGACUGCGCCGACAGGGACAGGAUCGACGAGGCCAGGCAGGAGCUCCACCGGAUCAUCAACGACCGGGAGAUGAAGGACACCAUCAUCCUGAUCUUCGCCAACAAACAAGACCUCCCGGACGCCAUGAAACCGCACGAGAUCCAGGAGAAGCUGGGCCUGACCCGGAUCAGAGAUAGGAAUUGGUACGUUCAGCCCUCGUGUGCGACAACAGGGGAUGGACUCUACGAGGGCCUGACCUGGCUUACCUCAAAUUACAAAUCUUAAUGUUUCUCCAAACCUUUUCACCAGCCCGGAGGCAAAAGGAAAAAAAGUAGCUGAGAAUGAUAUUAAAAAAAAAAAAGAAUGCAAUCUGAAGCAAUUAAUACCACGACCUCUCUGCUGAGUAUAUAUGUUGAAGAGAGUAGCAGUUAUAUUUUGUUUUAUCUUCCUUGUUUGAUGAAUGAUCUCGUCACUAUAACCCCACAUUUCAUUUAAAAAAAAAAAAAAGACAAGUUGUUUUAUUUUUUCUGGCUUUCCUUUAUUUUUGUUUUUUUUUUUAGUUUUGCUUUGGUUCACAUUCUGUAUAAUCAGUUUAAAAUAUACAACAAGCUUAAUUUCUUUUUGAGCUCUCAGUGCAAAUUCUUUCACCUCCACCCUUCUUCUUUUUGUUUUUCCUUGUAUCAUUUAUUUUUCGGGGACACACACACUUUAUAUUCUGCUUUUUUCGCUCCAGUAUUCUCACGGACCCCAAGCUACGUAUCCUAAAGGAUGGGAAGAGUCCUGAUUUAAAAAAAACAAACAAAAAAACUAAACCUACAUCAGCAUAUCAUAUCUUUUCAUGACUCUGACUGCCCUCUGUCACGUGUGAGAAUGUGUAUUAUGACGGCUGUUAGGAACCUUUUUAGAAACAAAACAAAAAAAGGAGUUUUCAUAACUGAUUGUACUGGGUUGAUUGAGGAAAAUGUGUUUGUACCUACUUCCUGUGCCGUGGUUACAUCCAUCAUGUCUGCUGUGGCGGUUUGUUUUUGAAAAAGACACUAUGUGGACGCUGGAUAUUGACACACACACACACACAAACACACACACACACACACUGUGAUAUGGAUAUAUACUUUUGUUGUUUCAGUGUCUGAAUCUGUUACCAGCAGUCUUAUUAUUACUGUCAUCAUCGCCGCCAUUUUUUUUUGUUUGUUUGUUUGUUUUUCCCAGAGCUUCCAUUCAUUCAUGACUGUUGGUGUAUUUUGUAGUUUGAGCUGCCUUCAGGAGGAGGUUACAGGUGAAAAAAAAAAAAUCAAGACAGUUACCACAGCAGCAGAAGCUCGACUGCUGAGUUUGCACUUUGGGACGGGGAGCGGUGGACAGGGGGGGUCAACAACGAGCUGGCUGUGCACAUUUACAUUUCCUGUGACUGACUUUUGGACCCCGGCAAGUGUUUUCACAUAUUCCCAACUCCCUCCCUCCGCCAUCACCCGCUCCAAAUGUCCUGACUGCAGCCCUCCUCCUCCUCCUCCUCCUCCUCUUCUUCUUUUCUUUAUUUUUUUUUAUACCCAUCACCUACCUGCAGACUACAAACUUCUGUUAAUAGCUCAUAGAUACUGCUCUGUUUUAUUUUUGUUCCCCUUUUUUUCCCUUUGCUAUGCUGUUGAAAUAAUAAAAAAAAAUAUAUCCAGAUCA